CGUCACAUGCGUUGCGGAUGUCGUCAGAUACGCCCUCUCCAUUGACCAAAAACAUUUGUGUCCAGACGUUAGCGCUCCGGAGAGCCCGACGACCCGGUGUCUUUUACUAAGUCUUAUUCAUCAGUCGAUUGAGCUUUUUCGAAUAUGGUCUGUGGCGGGUUCACCUGUUCCAAAAAUGCGCUUUGUUCCCUGAAUGUGGUUUACAUGCUGGUCGGGCUGCUGCUAAUCGGAGUAGCAGCAUGGGGGAAGGGGUUCGGCUUGGUGUCGAGCAUCCACAUCAUCGGAGGGGUCAUCGCGGUGGGCGUCUUCCUGCUGCUCAUCGCUAUUGUUGGACUCAUCGGGGCGAUACACCACCACCAAGUCAUGCUCUUCUUUUACAUGGUCAUUCUUUUUAUCGUUUUUCUGUUCCAAUUUGGAGUUUCUUGUUCCUGCUUGGCAAUGAACCGCGGACAGCAGGUGGCUCUUCUGAACUCUACUUGGAACAUUUUGGAAAACAAGACCAAGAUGGAUCUGGAGAGCCAGCUGAACUGCUGUGGGCUGCUCAACGGGACCCACAGCCAGGAGCAGUUUGAUCGGGACUUGCUGAACUGCCCGGCUUUAUGCAAAACGAACACAGCCUGCUACACUUGCGGAGAUAUGAUGCUGACUCAUGCAACUGAGGCCCUGAAGAUCCUCGGCGGCGUCGGCCUCUUCUUCAGCUUCACGGAGAUCCUGGGAGUGUGGCUCGCUGUGCGCUACAGGAACCAGAAGGAUCCUCGAGCGAACCCAAGUGCUUUCCUAUAGGCUGUCCCCCCCCCCCCCCCCCCUCCGGUACGCAGCGCCAUCGAUGCAGUCUCAGGCACACUGGCUCACCUAGUAUCAUGCACAUCUAGAGGCAUACACGCCUGCAUAUAAUACAGAACAACACCGUCUACAAACAACACACGGAGUGGACGAGCGGACGCAGCACCGGACAAACAACUGAAAAUAAAAAAUAAAAACACCACACACUUUUGACCGAGACUGAGACGCUACAACAACCGGUCCAGAGAUGUUGCCAGAGCUCCAGCCGGAAGACCUGUGUACUUGUGUAUGAAAGGAUAACUUGUAAUACCAAGAAGUGUGACUUGUUGGUAUUGCGACCCAGCCUUGAUUUGAGUACCAGAGCUCCUGCCAGUUUCCAACUAUGUACCGAGGGAUGAGCCAUCUUUGCAUGUGUCCUCGGCCUGCGCGCACACACACACACACACACAGACACACACAGGUUCAUUUUAAUUCCACACACCAACCAGACGACUGAGCAGCGUCUAACAAAUUGACUUGUAUGCACCUUUUCUUUCCUCUUGUCUCCAAUGUAGUGCCACCACAUAACAACAAAUAUAUUCCUCUGGUUAGUGCUAUUGGUUAUGUGUAGAAUAUAUAUAUAUAUAUAUAUAUAUAUAUAUAUAUAUAUAUAUAUAUAUAUUCACCCAACAUGUCCAGUGUGAUGAGUUUGUGCUCAAAGUCAGCCGAGGGGCAAAAAUACUGGUGUGUUGUAGUUUCUGAAUUGUGCGUAUGUUGUUGUUUUUUUGUCUUUUUUUCACACACCUCAAAUGCCGGAGUGUAACAGGAUUACGAAGUGAGAUCAGAUGUCGGGUAAUGCGGUUGCUAGUCUUUCGAGUCAAAAAAGGAAACGAAAAAAAAAAGUAUGAACUGUAACUGAGCCAACUAACUUUUAACAGUCUGUGACAUUAGGGUGCCAACGGACUGCAGCCUUGAUGUUGUACAUAGUCUUUUAGAAUCUCUCUGGGGGGGGUUUUGCCGUGUAGUCGCCCCUCGGGUCAGGAGGUCCGCCUGCAUAGAUGACGUCUCUGAAGACAAACAUCCACCCCCCCCACCCCCCCCUCCUGUGUUAAAUGUUCCUUUGUGUUGCACGGUGAUGUUGCUUAGUAUAAAUUAGGGUAGUAGAGAGACAGGGUCAGGUACGUAUCAUUUCUUUCUGUGUAACUGGAAGGGAGCAAAACAAAUGGAAAUACAACGAAGUGCUUUUUGUUUUUUUAGAUAGUUGGUUAAUUCUAUCCCCAACUGCUCAUUGCAAACCCGAUUCUGUUUUUUAAUCGUGUCAGUUGUGAAAAUGUGGUCUUGGUGCAGAUAUUUUUCUUUUUAAUGCUUUUGAAAGUUUUUUUGUGGAAUGAUUUUAUUUGCAGUGGCCAUCUGCUCUUUUGGUUUAUCAGUGUUAAAUGCUUUGUAAAAAAAUGUGUUAAAUAUUUAACUAUUUUAAGUAAAGUUUGAAAAUGCUCAUUACGCAAAAUUUUUGUUCUAGUAUUAAUGAUAUCAUUUUGCUGCCUAACUUGAUGGUUGACAUUUCCUGUUGAUAAAUCCCUGCUCGCGAUUCCUUUCAAGAUGAGUUUCCUCUUUUUUAAUUGUGUUGAUCUUAAAUGACUAACACACAGGACUAACUGUAACUAACUACAUGUCUUACUUGAACCUGUCGACUUGGCUGAUAAGAAUUUCCUGCUGCUGAUUUUGAGUCAUCGCUGGUGUAAAAAACAUUUUGACGGAUCUUAAGCAUCAUUAUGCCAUAUAUUAAACCUCACUUUGAAUUUGUGUGUACUUGUUAUUCAAGCGUAUCUUGAAUUUUUGAGACUUAAUUUUCCAAAUAAUAAAACCUCAAAUUGCAAACCA